AUGAACAAUUUUAGCAUAACUAAUUUAAAGUCUCCGGAAAACGAUAAUGACGCCGUUCACAAGAAAUAUUUACGGGAACAAAUAAAUUCAAUUGAAGUAAAUAAAAACCAUUUAGAAGAUAAAAUAAGUAAUGUGAAAAGAUUCUUCAAACGUCAACUAAAUAAUAAAAAUUUUGUUAAUGAUACUAAACUACAACAAGAGGUACAAAGAAUUAUAAGUUUUAUUCAAAAAGAAUUGGUCAACGUAGCGAACAAAACUGAGUUACGAAAUUUAAUUUCAUUAAUAUCUAAAUUAGAGGAUAAGAUUGCAAAACAAAAAUUAGACAUUCAACAAUUGAUAGAUAACAUUCCAGAUGAAAAUGAAGAUACGUUUCAACAGAAAUUAAAUGCUCUGGAAACUAAACUUAACAGUGAAUUACAAAAAGAACUAACAAAUAUUAAAAAACAAAUACAAAACAUAGAUGAUAGCGAAAUCAAAACCUAUAUUCAACAACAAAUACAAAACAUAGAUGAUAGCGAAAUCAAAACCUAUAUUCAUCAACAAAUACAGAACAUUGAUGAUAGUGUAAAAAUUGAUUCAAUAUUCUUCAGACAAGAAUCUCAUAUAUCUCAUGAAAAAUUUAACGCUCGUAAAGUUCUUCAGUUUAUCAAUGAUACAAAAAAUGUAGAAACUAAAGAAUUAGAAAUUAACGAUGAAAACACCAAGAGUGAUCACUUAUAUGAAAUUAAAACGAGUGGAAAAUAUAUAGAUAGAUUUAGAAUGUUAAUCAUAGCAGAUAAAGAAGAAGAUGAAUUUAUAUUGAGUGAUAUUGAUAUGAUAUUGGAAACGGAAAGUCCAGUUAAACUGACUGAUGGAGUUUGGGAUCCUAAUAUUAAACACUUUCCAUCUUUUGCUUUGUCAGAAGUUCACUUAAUUCAAUUACCUAAAAAUGGAACUCGAAAGUAG